CAACGUCACAUCCGGCGUUGGUCCCCGGAAGUACCGUCAAUUUUUAUUCACAGGAGAAAAAAAAAACAACUGGUGUUGGAGAAGAAAAUAUAAUCGAAAAUGCCAGCCUCAGAGAGAGGAACUGAUCCUCUUGAUCCGCCACCCAAGAUUAGGAAGUUGGAUGAGGAUGGGGGAGCUCUUCAAAGUGAAACUGCACCAGCUGCCAACAACAUGUCUCUAAAAGAAAUGAAUAUGCAAGAGCAGACAGUUGCCCCUCGGACCAAGAGGAAACUGUCAUCCUCAUCAGAAGAGGGAGACAAACCAGCUAAGGCGUCCCGACGGGGUUCUCCUAUUAACGAAUCCAGCAUACGCACUUUAGAUUCAUCCGUCAUGAACACCACAAGUGCCUCCUGCGGAGAAGCUCCAUCAGAUAGCGCUAAUUUCAAAGUUUACGCUGUUGGGGUGACUUCCUCGGUGUCUGAUGACGACACUAAGGCAUACUUCACAGAGAGGGGCAAGACUCAUUGCAUCGGACAAUACCCCAACCAAGUCCGAGCUAAGCGCAUGGCUGAAGAUGAGUUGUGUUGUGACUCACUGGAGGUGAGUGAAGAGUUACAUACAGAGACACAGAUUGAUCACAGUUAUGGGAGAGUGUCGGAUUUGAGUCUUGACGGAACAGCGGAGGCGACUCCUGAUCAAGAAGAACAAUCAUCGACACAGAGACUGGAAUGUGUGGAAAACACAAACGAGUCAAAGGACACUAACGGUUCUGAAACUGUGAGUAUCAAAUUUGCAACUGAAGAAAAGGACAAAAAAGAAGCAGCGGACCAAACGGUGAUAGACAACGUAACCUCAGCAUCAUGUGCAAAAGUUGUGACAGACUCUAUCAAGAACCACAGCAGUUUAGCUAGCGAAGAUCAACCCCCGUCAUCAGGAACAUUAUGUUCUAGCAACAGACACUUACACCAGCACAGUACGGACAAACGGGGAGACGACCAACCAAAAUGUCUGAACAGUGAAUUAAAAGAGGCUGUUACUAGUGAAACAAGGCAAAAUUUAAAACAGAAAACAGUGGAGGUUGAGCUUAAAACAACAAACAAGGGAGACAAUGUCCUUGUGGGUCCUGAGGAGGCUGUAUGUGGACAACAUCAAGAACCCUUCAACUGCACCCCAGAAGAAGAAAUCUCGGUAGAAAGUUGUCAACCUGUGAGUCAGAGCGAGCGUAAUCAUACAACAAUGGAGUCUGAUGAAUGCCCAGAAAGCCGCAUUGAAGAAAAUUAUACAAUAACGGAGUCUGAAAAGAACCCAGAAAGCUGCAUUGAAGAAAAUGUAACAGAAAUAGAUGGCAACCCUGAAAGCCAGACUGAAGAAAUUGUAACAAAUGUUGAGUGUGAUAAAGAUCCAGUAAGUCAGACUGAAGACAAUUUAACAACAAAGGAGUCUGACAAAACCCCACAGAGUUCAGCUGAGGAAGACGCAAGAGAGGAUCUGACAUUUUCAAAGGAAACUGAGCCACAAGAGGCCCUCUUUGGGAUUCAUAGCACAGAGAGUCCAAUUUAUAGAAACCUUGAGAAUCAUCCUGAAGAAACAGCAACAGAAGAGAGUCAGUCCUGUGACACUCUACCAAAAAUGAAGUCUGAGGGUAAACCUGAGAGUUCUACGGAACAAAAUGUAACAUCAGUGAACCGUGACCAAGAGAGCCAUGUGGAAGAAAAAAUAAUCGUGAUAGAAGAGAAUGUGACUGUGAUGGAAGAAAAUGUAAGAGAAAGUGUGCUACUUUUAAGGGAAACUGAACCCACACCACAUGAGCUCCUCAUUCAUACCGCAGUGUGUCCGUUUGAGGAGAACCAAAUGGAGUCUGACAGCAACCCACAGAAUGAACCUGAAGAAAGAGCAGUUGAAGAGAGUCAGUCCUGUGAUAAUCUACCAAAAAUGGAGUUGGAUAGUGAACCAGAGAGGCUCACUAAAGAAAAUCAAACACUUUACCUUGACAGAGAGCAGCCUGUAGAACAACAUGUAACAGGUCUGUCACUUUCAAAGGAAGUGGAACCCAUGCCACAGGAUGUCCUCGUUGGGCCUCAUAGCACUGAGAAUCCAUUCGAUAGAAACCCAGAGAAUCAACCUGAAGAAACCGCAAUGGAAGAGAGUCAGUCCUGUGAUGUUCUGCCAGAGUUGGACAGUAAACUGGAGCGUCUCACUCAAGAAAAUAAAACAUUAGAUCCUGACAGAGAGCAGGCUUGUGUGGAAGGACAUCUAACAGUGACAGAAGAUCAUGUAACAGAAGGUCUGUCACUUCCAAAGGAAGUGGAACCCACGCCACAAGAGGUCCUUGUUGGGAUUCAUAGCAUGGAGAGUCCAUUUGUUAGAAACCCCGAGAAUCAACCUGAAGAAACCGCAAUGGAAGAGAGUCAGUCCUGUGGUGAACUGCCACAAAUGAAGUCGGGCAGUAAACUGGAGAGUCUCACUCAAGAAAAUCAAACAUUAGAUCCUGACAGACAGCACCCUUGUGUGGAAGAUCAUCCAACAGUGACGGAAGAUCAUCCAACAGUGACAGAAGAUCAUCCAACAGUGACAGAAGAUCAUCCAACAGUGUCAGAAGAUCAUCCAACAGUAACAGAAGAUCAUCCAACAGUGACAGAAGAUCAUCAAACAGUGACAGAAGAUCAUCAAACAGUGACAGAAGAACAUGUAACAGAAGGUCUUUUGCUUUCAAAGCUAGUGGAACCCACGCCACAAGAGGUCCUUGUUGGGAUUCAUCGCGUCGAGAGUCCAUUCGAUAGAAACCGAGAGAAUCAACCUGAAGAAACAGCAAUGGAAGAGAGUCAGUCCUGCGACGAACUGCCACAAAUGGAGUCGGACAGUAAACUGGAGAGUCUCACUCAAGAAAAUCAAACAUUAGAUCCUGACAGACAGCACCAUUUUGUGGAAGAUCAUCCAACAGUGACAGAAGAUCAUCUAACAGUGUCAGAAGAACAUCCAAAGGAAGGUGUUUCACUUUCAAAGGAAGUGGAACCCACACCACAAGAGUUCCUCGUUGGGAUUCAUCGCGUUGAGAGUCCAUUCGAUAUAAACCGAGAGAAUCAACCUGAAGAAACAGCAAUGGAAGAGAGUCAGUCUUGUGAUGAGCUUUCACAAAUGGAGGCAGACAGUAAAUCAGAGAGUCCCAAAAAAGAAAAAAAUGUAGCAUGGACAGAAGAACAUGUAACAGACAGUCUGUCAUUUUCAAAGGAAGUGGAACCCAUGCCACAAGAGGUCCACAUAGAAGGUGGUACCCAGGAAAAUCUAAUUGUGACUGAUGAUGCAGAGACAGCAGUGGUGCCUGAAGAACUAAAGAAUAAAGAAAAUGUAACAGAACUGUUGCUUUCAAAGGACCCUACACUACAAGAGCACCUCAUAGAAAGUCAUGCUGAGGAACAUCGAAAAGACCCAGAAAGUCAGAUUGAAGACAAUCUAAUAACAAAGGAGUCUGAUAGAACCCCAGAGAGUCCAGCUGUGGAAUACAACAGAGAGGAUCUGACACUUUCAGUGAAAACUGAGCCCAUGACACAAGAAGUUGAAGAAAUAGCAAUGGAAUAUAAUCAGUCCAGUGAAGACCUACCAAAAAUGGAGUCAGAUGGUAAGUCAAAGAGUUCCACUAAAGAAAAUGUGACAGCAGAUCCUGAUGAAGGGCUUUGUGUUGAAGAAAAAGUGGCAGUCAUGGAAGAACAUGUUACAGAAGAACUUCAUUCAAAGGACCCCACACUACAUCACGACCUCACACAAAGUCAAGUUGAGGAACAUCAAAAAGACCUUGGAAGUCAGAUUGAAGAAAAUCCAACAACAAAGACGUCUGGUAGAACCCCAGAGAGUCCAUCUGAGGAAUACGAAAAAGAAGAUCUGCUGCUUUCAAAGCCCAUGCCACAAGAGGUCAUUGAAACAGCAAUGGAAGAGAGUCAGUCCUGUGACGAUCUACCACAAAUGGAGUUAGACGGUAAAUCAGAGAGUCCCACUAAAGUAAAUGUAACAGCGCAUCCUCACGGAGAGCCUUGUGUUGAACAUUCAGAAGUGAUGGAAGAACAUGUUACGGAAGGUGUGUCAAUUUCAAAGGAAGUGGAACACAUACCACAAGAGAUCCUUGUAGGAGGUGGUGCUGAGGAAAAUCUAAUGGUGACUGAUAAUGACGCAGAGACAGGACUAAAGACUGAAGAAAUUGUAAAGGAAGGCACACCAAAAGAGGUCCUCAUCGAAAGUGAAGUUGAGGAACAUCUAAUGGAAGCUGAUGACAACCUCCAGGAUCAAAGUGACGAACAUUUCAAGGUCACAGAGUCUGAUAGCAACCCAGGGAGUCAGACUGAAGAAAACGCACCACCAACGGAGGUAUGCACUUCUAAUACAGUUAAGGAACAUCAAAUGGAGUCCAUUGAAAACUCAGAGAGCCAGACAAAUGUAAAUGUCUUAAUUCAGUCAACUUUGCUUGGGCAAUCGUCAUUGUCAUUCAAACACCAGCAGGAGCAGGUGCCAAAUUCUUGUUAUGGUGUCAACAAAACAACCGAGGUGUUGACAGACGAGGCAGUCGAUGGAACAAUGAAGGUGUCUUCUGAAUGUGUCACAGUCUCAGUGCAUCCAACAGAUGUGGAAGUGAAGUCGCAGGAAAAAAUCAACUGGCAAAAUACUAAUGACGCUACAGACAUACCAGCUCUUCAAGAGGAUGUGAUGCAAAGUGUGGAAAAAGAACAUCGGUGCUUUGAAAAUUCCGCAGCACCGAUGAAUGAAAUGAACGUCCAGGCUUCCGCAACAACUGAGAAUGUGGAGCAUCCUGCCUCUUUACAGGAAGUAGACAGUCACAACAGCAUUGACGCAACAGACCGAGAGAUUAGUGAAAGAACUGAAUCUAUGGAACAUGAAAACAUCAACUUGAAGCACGUUCCAGAGGAUGCAAAUAAAAAAAUUAUGAUAAAUGCAAACAUCCAGGAUGAUUCUGUUAAUGUCCAAAAUGAUUCCAAGAGCAGUGGAAAUAAAGACUAUUUCGCUCCUCCAAAGAAACCAGAAGUGACAACAACAUCGGCCGAGGAGUCAAACAUUGACCACGCAGUGGAAAUAAGUAAAAACAGUCCGCAUGUUCCUGAAUAUGAUUCUGUGAUUGCAGCUGACUUCCAGGUGCAGAAUGUAGAAGAUUUAAUUAUGACACCUCUGCCGGAGACAAUUGGUCAGAUGAGCCCAGAACAAGUGGAGAUGUAUACUACUACAACAGAAGACACGCCGUCGGAAGCCCUUGUACAACAAAGCCAGAAGACCACACACCUGUCCCCUGAAGCUCAGACAGAACCAUCUCAAAUUAUGGAGCAUGAACACCAUCUUGGAUGUGAGGCUGCUCAGGAGCAUCAAACUACAUUAGCAUCUAAGUUUGGUCACGCAGCAGACACACAAACCCUGGAAGGUCAAACGGAAGGAAUGACCACGACACUGGAUACAUCUAACAUGGAUACACAACUUGAACCCGCGACAGACCUGCCUCAUGGGGCAUGUCAAGAUGUCAUCACAGAUUGUUCUACUUAUAAAGAAGACAAUCAACUCGAAUGGGAAGCAACAUCAACACAGGAGUAUCCUCAUCUCACUUCCCUAGUACGGAACGAGAAGCACGACGUCAUUGAUGUCAGUACAUCUCACGUAGGUGAUGUUCAGAAGGUUCCAGAUGUUACUACUAAUGGUUGUAAUGAAAACAAGCAUUGUGUUGGUGCCACAGACAUAGAAGUGGAUCUCCCGGCAUUAGCAGCCGAGGACGUUAGUGAAUCCAUUCAGACAUGUUCUGUUGUUUCAAGCUCUGAGGAACAGGAAGUCAUGGAGGAGGCUGUCAGCAAGAGUUUGAACACUGCCGUAAGCAAAGUAGAAGUUAACAUGCCGGCAGGAACGGCAGCACCAGAUUUAAUCUCUAAUCCAGCUUCUGCCAUCCAGAGGGUCAGUGAACAUCCUUGUGUGAAAGUAGACUUUGAGAGUGGGGCGAAUGAGGGCAGUACCUGCCGUAUUCCAGAGGUGUCACUUAGUGAUGCACCUGUAACUGAUACUUCUAAUGCAGCGACUACUGUAGUGCAACACAUCCAUGAGGUGGAGAAAAUCACUUUGGCAAAUGAAAUUCACAAAUCCACGCUUGAUGUGGGGAAUAACCAGGAAGAAAAUGGGCUUGGAACACAUCUACAUGACAUGGAUUUUAUAAGCGAGACUAUAGAACAGGUUGAAUCCUUAUUGCAAGAUAACACAGGAAAGCAAGAAAUUAGAAAAACCAAAGAAGAGGAUGCAAUCAUUCCUGCUGAGAGAUCUGACGUCACCCUCAGAGAAGCAUCCGGAAGAAGUGGAGUUGAAGUGUUUGUUUGUGACCAAUCGGAGGACUCGGCUACUGUGCUUCACGCCUCAGAAGAGCAAAGUGACACAGUCAGUCAAAGCCAGAUCGUGUAUGAGCCUAUUAGUAGUCCAGAGAGUAAUGGAGAUGGGGAUGCUUUGGAGAAACAGAAUUUGGUGUCUAUGGCGGACAUGUCUGCUCCUGAAAGUGUGGACACAAGUAAAUCACAGAUGGGAAAUGAGGAAUUGACUCGAGAGGAGCAAGCAGCAGUUGAGAUGAUGGAGGUAGAGCAUAGCACCACUGCUGCAGAGCAGAAUACCAUUGCUGCAGUCAUUGCUGUCAACACACCAGGAGAUGACUUUGCACAGGAAGAAGAAAGUGUGUCUCCAGAGCCGAAGUGUGUGCUGGCUGCAGCGCUUUGUGGACAGCUGCAAGGGGACAUCCCAGCUGUUUCUGCGGUGAAGACAGCAGAUGGUACAGCUGAGGAGUAUGUCAUCCUCGAGCCGGUCCUCGAGAGCAAAAUUCACUUUGAUAUUGUCUCUCAAGCCGCCGCUGCAUCAGGUCUUUCCGGCUCCUGCUUUGACCACAUGCAUCCAGACAGUGCAUUCGUGGCAGACGUGGAAGGUGAAACUGCUUCAAAUGGACCCCAAGAGACCGUCAUCCCAGGGGCCGACGUGCAGCCAUGUCAAACACCCACUCAGGUCGCUGAUGCUGUAGGUGAGGAGGCAGAUGGCAUAAUUGCUCCACCUGUAGAGGAAGCUACUCAACUUCUUGAAACUUCAGACCGGUUUCUUCAGCCAUCAGAGUGUGGCGAGAGUCACUUUGCCCUACAGGAAGUGCAAAUUCUGGAGGACAUGGAUCUCGGUAAUGAGAUCGUGGUGGCCGAGGAGGACAAUGAAGAAGAUAGUGAUGUUACCAUUCUAGAAAAAUCCACUGAAACGGUUCAAGCACCUCCUCAUCAAAAGACUGUGGAAAUGCUCAGUGACAAAAAGGAGCAUGAAGCUGCUUCCGAGACAAACAAUUCCUCUGAAAAGAAAGAAGAUAAGAAGACACCCGAGGUUGGGAAACCUAAGAAGCAAGAAAUGAACACCCAAGCAAAGACCAAAGCUCGUCUUGCGGCUUUAGCUGAGCAGAAAGCCGCCGCCAUGAAAAAGGCUGCCAACAAACAGCUGAACCUCUUAGCCCUAUGUCAGGAAAUUGCUGAGGACAUAGCCACAGACAGCAUGCUGUUAAAGAGGAUAGAGGAAGAAAAGCAAGCAGCAGCCAAAGGUGAAGCCAGCAAGAAGGAGAAUCCACCUGUAAGUGCACAGGAAGUAGCCACCGCUGACGCCAAGACCCCUGCUGAAUCAGAAAGCUCCUCGGCUUUGGUGAACCCUGCUGAGGAGACACCUGCGGUGCAGCCUUCAUCUGCUGUCUCCAAACCAAACGAGGUUCCGCCAAAGAGGCGCUUCUUUAUCUCACAAGUUACAGUGCCCCUGAAGGCCCACGAGAAAAAGAAGCUGACGCGCUAUCAAAGACUGAGACAGGUUGAACUGCAGCGGGAGAAAAUGUCAUGGGCUCGCAUGAAGAAGAUGAAGACGGACCAAGCCAAUCAAAUGCUGUCAGACAUAGACUGGCAAGCUUCAGUGUUCACAACAACUCCGUCUGCCAAUGUAGUGAACACAGAUGCUGCACCCAAAGCCACUUCCUCCUCUCCUCCAAGUCAUGUCUUAAGUAGCAAACCUGGAACACCCAAGGCAGAUGUUCCUCAGGCUGAGAUUGCAAAGCCUGAAGCUGUUAAAGGAGAACCACCUAAAGUAGAAGCUUCCAAGGCAGAACCUGAUGUUAAAACAGACCCCCAAAAAACGGAAACACCCCAGACUCAACCUUCUAAAGUUGAAAACACUAGAAUAACAAGGCAAAGUAAGGCUCAGACCUCAAAAGUAACGCCGCCUCCAGCUCCUGUCCCAAAGGUGACCAGAUCAUCAACCAGAAGGUCACUGCCAGCUGUACCCCCACCAAUGCCCAACGGACUUAAAGCUUCAAAGCCCAAGCCUGUCGAGUACAAGCCAUACAAACCACGGCCCAGGUAUUCACCUGAUGAUUUUGAACUAGAUGAUGACCCCUUACCGGCACCCCCAAAGAAGUCCAAUCCCCUAUCCAGGACUUCCCAAGUCAACAGUCAGUCUAGUCCUUUGGCCAAGUCUAAACCCACACUUCCUGCAAAGCCGUUACAGCUUCCAAACCAGUUCAAAUGUCAGCCUUCAAUCGUUCCUGGUGGACACAUCUUAGGUCAGUCCAAGUCUGCUAUUUCAACAACCACUCAGUCAAAUCCUUCCAGUCCUUCUCCGAAUCCACAACGUACCAGUGCCACAACCCCACGGUCUCAAUCCCCAGUUGCAGCCACUCCUGCAAAACCAGCUCAAGCAAAGGCUCCGGUCCCAUUGACUCUUCAGAAAAAAUCUGCCUCAGCUUUGACUGAGUCGCAGUGUGCAGCUUCUGUUUCGCCCAAACUUAAAGCUGCCUGUGCUGCAGCUCCCACCACGCCUUCAGCGCCAUCAGACAUAGCCCAGGCAAAACCGACUCAUCCUAACUCGGAUGUAGGUUCAGGUCCUCCGAAAACUCUCCUGGUUCAGCCUGCAUCAGACAGUGAAAGCAAGGAGGCUCCUGCUUUGCAUUCAUCAGGUUCACCUCCCUCAAAAGAGAGCUCAGAUCAUUAUAAUUUGCAGCAAUGUGAAGAAAAGCCUGCAAGUCUGCAAUUCAGCGAUGUGGAUCAGUGCCCACAGACUGAAAGCAUCAAGACAGCCCAGGAGACAUUAGAAAGGCCUUGUCAAGACAGCGCAGUGAAGCAGCAUGACGGAGAGACUCCUCUGUCUGAUGCUUGUCUGCAGAGAGAAGUCAGGAAACUAAAAGAGGCUGAGAAAGAUGGCACCCAAACCAUUAUUGAUGCAGGACAGAAGCACUUUGGGGCGGUGGCCUGCAGCGUGUGUGGAAUGCUGUACUCCGCCGCUAACCCCGAGGACGAGUCUCAGCAUUUACUCUUCCACAACCAGUUCAUCAGCGCUGUUAAAUAUGUGGGAUGGAAGAAGGAGAGGAUCCUGGGAGAAUUCCCAGAUGGGAAGAUCAUUCUAGUCCUGCCAGAUGACCCCAAAUAUGCUCUCAAGAAGGUUGAAGAAAUUAGGGAGAUGGUGGACAAUGACCUGGGCUUCCAGCAGGUGGAGACCAAGUGUCCCUCGCAGACCAAAACCUUCCUCUUCAUCUCCAACGACAAGAAAGUGGCAGGCUGCCUCAUCGCAGAGCACAUUCAGGAGGGCUACAGGGUGAUCGAGGAACUAGCACCUGGCGGCUCAGAAGGAGACAAAGUGAUGUUUGAGCGCCAGAGGGCUUGGUGCUGCUCCACCACGCCCGAACCAGCCAUCUGCGGCAUCAGCCGCAUUUGGGUGGUCAGCAUGAUGAGACGCCGCGGCAUCGCCUCCCGCUUGGUGGAGUGCCUCAGGAACAACUUUAUCUACGGUUCCUACCUGAGCAAAGAUGAGAUUGCUUUCUCCGACCCGACCCCCGACGGGAAGCUCUUCGCCACACAGUACUUUGGCACAUCUCAGUUUUUAGUAUAUAACUUUGUGAGCAGAAACCACCCCUCCCAGCCCAAAACUGAUUCAGUAUGACGGUCACCAGGAGAGGUGAGGAUGAAUUUAGCCAAGCCACUCGCAGACCAAGUGGACUAAAACGUUUCUGACAGACUUUUCAAUUGGGGGGAAAAAAGACAAAAUUCCCUCAGAAAGGACAUGGAUUGUUUCAAAUCUCAGGAUGAAAACAACACUGCUUUGUUGGAAAAUACACAUUCACCCUUUAAUUCCACCCAAGUUGAUUUGCAAAAAACAUCCAAAUCAUGUGCCAUCGUUUUAAAAAUUCUAUAUUUUAAGUCAUUUUAGAUUUUGCCCCUAUCCAUUAAUCUUCAUGAAGAAGUAAAUUAAAUUUUAAAAAAAAAAAGUCCCAGCUGCUCAAUUUUGAAACACUUAAGUUUUCAAAUGUGUACUUCUCCUUUGACUUGAUCAUGUUGUUUUGCGACACAAACUAAUCAUGUUAAUGUGAUUCAGUCUAAGGAUAGUUUUAUCUGAAGGAAUGCCUGUUUAGAAGUGUAGCUUGGGCAUUAAAAAGGUGCUCUUAACGUUUUUUAGAUCACCUUGCCUGAAUCAACUCCAGUGUUUUCCAAGCUGAGCCAUAUACUGCCCGUCACCUAGCGGGGCAUUGUAACCUACUUAUCCUGUAUCAAGUGUCUUUUUCAUUUCACCAUUUGCUUUGUUAAGUGGCUGAAUUUAAUUGUGUGUGACUACAAAUGUUGAUUUUUAUUCUCCAGGCCUUUUUUAGGAUUAGUUUAGUAUCACCCUCCUAUUCCUUAGUAACUCACACUGUAUAUUGACUCAUGUAGAUAAUGCAUACUAUAAAGACAUUUAUAAUAAACCAUGUGGAAGGUCUUAAGGCUCCAGUGUUAAAUGGUGUUGGCGCCAUGGAGAAUAGCGUCCAAAUGUUCUUCCUUAUUUUCAUCUUGCUUUUAGAGAGAUUCACAGUGCAAAAUAGAUUGGAUUUAUACAAACUUAUGUAAAUAUUUAUUUAAAUAAUAAACUUUAAAAACAUUGCUGCCUGUUCACUUUUUUAAUAGGCCUCUCAGAAAAGAGUGUUGACAGCCUGCCCUGACCUGCCCUCAUGAUUGCCUUGCAGAGCAGUGACACCUAGUGGCCACUUGGAUGUUUGGUAUCGACGCAAUCAGUCUGCAGUGUAUAAGGUCAAAGGCUGCCAUGUUUUGUUCUCCCUCCUAGUGCAUUCCUGGACGCUCCUGUCACAACACUUGCCAGCUCGGUGGUAACAAAACAAGCUUGGAACAACACAGCAGGCUUCCCCAAGCAAGAGGGUGCGAAAACAAGAUCCUCCUGAGAGAUACGAUAGUGAUCAGCCAGGAGAAAACAAGCCAAGGUAUCCUCAUGCUGAGCCUUUUCAAUUAGCUGACGAUUUGAGCCUUUGUUACUGGCAAUUGAGAUGAGUGCUGAACAAUGAGAUCAAGCCAACCACAUCUGGAAAUGAUCCACAUUUUAUUUUCUUCACAAGAGUUUGAAGACACAACGUU